AUGGCACCUCGAAAACUCUCAAUUUACCUGAUAUUCAUCGCAUUAUACACCGACUCAAUCACGUGCACGUUCACCAUAACCAACAACUGCCCUUACACGAUAUGGCCCGGCACUCUAGCUGGCUCAGGUACACCUCAGCUCCCCACAACUGGGUUCCAGCUGGAUCCGGGCCUGAGUUUUUCCAUCCCCAAUUAUCCGGGCUGGUCGGGCCGGAUAUGGGCCCGGACUGGAUGCACAUUUGAUGAGACGGGACUCGGUUCAUGUCAGACCGGAGAUUGUGGCGGGCGGCUCGAAUGUGGCGGCAUUGGUGCUACGCCACCAGCAUCGCUGUUUGAGAUAACACUUGGAAUUGGGGAGCAGAAAGAUUUUUACGAUGUUAGUAUAGUUGAUGGGUAUAAUCUGCCGUUAGUAGCCGGGCCAAGAGGGAUUUAUGGGGGAUGCAACGCCACCGGAUGUGUAGUAGAUAUCAACAUGGGUUGCCCUAGAGAACUUCAGGUGACAGGUAACGAUGGAGGAGAAGGAGGAGUUGUGGCGUGCAGGAGUGCAUGUGAAGCUUUCGGGCUCGACCAAUACUGUUGUAGUGGAGAAUUUGCUAACCCGAACACGUGCAGGCCAUCUUUCUAUUCUGGAAUCUUCAAGAGAGCUUGCCCGAGGGCUUAUAGCUAUGCAUUUGAUGAUGGAACCAGCACUUUUACCUGCAAGUCACCUGAUUAUGCUAUUAUAUUUUGCCCCAAUAGCGGCAUGAGGAGAAUAGAUGGUGGGUCACAAGCUCCUGUAGAUGGAGAAAGACACAGUGAUAAAAUCAAACCGUUUGUUUCAUCUACGACAAUCUUGAUACCAAUCCAAACAUCAAUUUUUGUUCUCUUCUCUUUCAUAUUGUUGGAAUACCUCGUGGCUUGA